CGAAACACCACUCCUCUAGACCUUCUUCACCUUCCUCCCUCUCAUCGAUCCUUCUGUACCAACGAGACUUCCUUCGAUUUCUCUCUACAAUGGCUGGAACUGGAGUGUUCGCUGAGAUUUUAGAUGGAGAUAUGUACAAGUACUACUCUGAUGGCCAAUGGAAGAAGUCCUCUUCUUCUAAAAGUGUUUCCAUCAUCAAUCCCACUACCAGAAAGACUCAGUACAAAGUUCAGGCCUGCACACAAGAAGAGGUCAAUAAAGUCAUGGACUUGGCAAAAUCUGCUCAGAAGUCAUGGGCGAAGACCCCGCUGUGGAAACGAGCUGAACUCCUCCACAAGGCAGCUGCUAUCCUCAAGGAGCACAGGGCUUCAAUAGCAGAGUGCCUGGUGAAAGAAAUAGCAAAGCCAGCCAAAGAUGCGGUUACUGAGGUGGUAAGAUCAGGGGAUCUGGUCUCAUACUGUGCUGAAGAAGGUGUAAGGAUUCUGGGAGAAGGAAAGUUCUUGGUAUCAGAUAGUUUUCCUGGAAAUGAAAGGACAAAAUACUGUCUGACAUCCAAGAUUCCAUUGGGAGUGGUUUUAGCCAUUCCACCAUUUAACUACCCUGUCAACCUUGCUGUGUCAAAAAUUGCUCCUGCGCUGAUUGCUGGAAACUCCAUUGUGCUGAAGCCUCCAACUCAGGGAGCUGUUUCUGCACUACAUAUGGUGCAUUGCUUUCACUUGGCUGGUUUCCCCAAAGGCCUAAUCAGUUGUGUUACUGGCAAAGGAUCUGAGAUUGGUGACUUCCUUACUAUGCAUCCAGGAGUUAACUGUAUAAGCUUCACUGGAGGAGAUACUGGGAUUUCAAUUUCAAAGAAAGCAGGCAUGAUUCCUCUGCAAAUGGAGUUGGGAGGAAAAGAUGCCUGCAUUGUGCUUGAAGAUGCCGAUCUGGAUUUGGUGGCUGCAAAUAUUAUAAAGGGAGGCUUUUCUUACAGUGGUCAGAGGUGCACUGCUGUUAAGGUUGUCCUAGUGAUGGAAUCCAUUGCCGAUGCUCUGGUAGAGAAAGUGAAGGCAAGAGUCGCAAAACUGACCGUUGGGCCACCUGAGAAUGACUGUGACAUCACUCCAGUUGUGUCAGAAUCGUCAGCCAAUUUCAUUGAAGGUCUAGUUAUGGAUGCUCAGCAGAAAGGAGCAACCUUUUGCCAGGAAUACAGAAGAGAAGGGAACCUGAUUUGGCCUUUGUUGCUGGACAAUGUGAGGCAGGAUAUGAGAAUAGCUUGGGAGGAGCCAUUUGGACCAGUGUUGCCAGUUAUUAGGAUCAAUUCUGUUGAAGAAGGAAUUCACCAUUGCAAUGCUAGCAAUUUUGGACUUCAGGGUUGUGUGUUCACAAAGGAUGUGAACAAAGCAAUUUUGAUCAGUGAUGCAAUGGAGACGGGAACAGUUCAGAUAAACUCUGCCCCAGCUCGUGGACCUGAUCAUUUUCCCUUCCAGGGUAUCAAGGACAGUGGAAUUGGAUCCCAAGGCAUUACCAACAGCAUAAACAUGAUGACCAAAGUAAAGACAACAGUAAUCAAUUUGCCCACCCCUUCUUAUUCCAUGGGUUGAGAUACUAAAUAAUAUGGAAAUUUUAUGUCCAUAUAUAUAAAUAUAUAUAUAUAUAUAUGUAUAUGUAUAUGUAGUCUCAAGUCUUACUGGGUCACUAUAAAUUGCAGAAGAGUUUGGUCCCUAACCUUCUUUUGCAUAAGAGAAAGAUGAAUAAUGACUGUAAUAUAUCGGUGACCUACUAGCUAGCUGCUUCAGUGGUCUACUUAUAUUGUACUGAGAUUUAACAAGACUUGAUAUUGCAGUUUUUCUUGGACCGUCAUCACGAAAUAUGAGUUUUGUUUCUUUCAA